GGAGAGGAGCAGCUCCAGGGCUUAGCCCUCUCACUCUGAGGCUUUUCAGUAGCCGAAAAGCAUGUGUGCAGAGUUUGGUGGCAGAAUAUUUAAGGUAUGUGGGCAGUCUGUGGCAAAUACAUCUGAAGAAAGCGUGACUGGCUAAAGAGUCGUCUGAACUUGUGUAUGAAGACAAAGAAGUGCUGGGAAGCCCAGGAAAAGAAUUAAUUGGAAGAAUAUUGCUAGAUACAGAAGAAUUGGAACUUUUAACUUCUGCAACAGACAGUGACUAAGAAUAAGUACAUUGGUAAAAACAUCAGCAGUGAAAAGGCAGACUGUGUUUUUUCAUUAUCUUUUGGAUUUUAUUACUUAAAAGACGUUUUCAUCAUCCCAUUUAAUUAAUCUUGAAUUUCUCUGUACAUAAAACUAUAACUGGACAAUUGCAUUUCAAUACUGUUUAGUAACACUUUUGAAUGUUAAAUCAUUUGCCAAGAUGAGUGCUGAGGGAUAUCAAUACAGAGCUUUAUAUGACUACAAAAAAGAGCGAGAAGAAGAUAUUGACUUGCACUUAGGAGAUAUAUUAACUGUGAAUAAAGGUACCUUACUAGCACUUGGAUUCAGUGAAGGGGAAGAAGCAAAGCCUGAGGAAAUUGGUUGGUUGAACGGCUUUAAUGAAACCACAGGGGAGAGGGGGGAUUUCCCAGGAACUUAUGUAGAGUACAUUGGAAGAAAAAAAAUAUCUCCCCCCACUCCAAAGCCUCGUCCUCCUCGGCCUCUUCCAGCAGCACCAAGUCCUGCAAAAGCUGAAUCAGAGAGUGAGCAACAAGCUUUUUCACUUCCAGACCUUACAGAGCAGUUCACACCUCCUGAUGUUGCUCCACCAAUUCUUGUCAAGAUAGUAGAGACAAUUGAAAAGAAAGGGCUGGAGUACUCAACUUUGUAUGGAGCACAAGACUCAAGCAGUGCAGUGGAAUUAAGACAAAUUUUUGAGUGUGAUGCCUCUUCAUUAGAUUUAGAGACGUUUGAUGUUCAGACUUUAUCAGAUGCUCUCAAGAGGUAUAUCCUGGACCUGCCAAAUCCCAUCAUUCCAGCAGCUGUUUACAGUGACAUGAUUUCUGUAUCUCAAGAAGUGCAGAGCUCAGAGGAAUAUGCUCAGUUGCUGAAGAAACUGAUCAGAUCUCCAAAUAUACCUCCUCAGUAUUGGCUCACACUCCAGUAUUUGCUCAAACAUUUCCUCAGAGUUUGUCAAGCCUCCAGCAAAAAUCUCUUGAAUGCAAGGUCUCUGGCUGAAAUUUUCAGCCCUCUGCUUUUCAGAUUCCAGAUAGCAAGCUCUGAUAAUACAGAACACCACAUAAAAAUCCUAGAGGUUUUAAUCACAAGUGAAUGGAACGAGAGACAGCCCGUACCAGCACUGCCUCCUAAGCCACCGAAACCUAAUACCGUAACUAACAAUAGCAUGAAUAACAACAUGUCAUUGCAAGACGCUGAAUGGUACUGGGGGGAUAUCUCAAGAGAAGAAGUGAAUGAGAAGCUUAGAGACACAGCUGAUGGUACCUUUUUGGUACGAGAUGCUUCAACCAAAAUGCAUGGGGACUAUACACUGACACUGAGGAAAGGAGGAAAUAACAAAUUAAUCAAAAUUUUUCACCGAGAUGGAAAAUACGGCUUCUCUGACCCAUUAACAUUCAACUCUGUGGUCGAGCUAAUAAACCACUACCGGAAUGAAUCUCUAGCCCAGUAUAAUCCUAAACUGGAUGUAAAAUUACUCUAUCCAGUAUCUAAGUACCAGCAGGAUCAAGUUGUAAAAGAGGAUAGCAUUGAAGCAGUAGGAAAGAAGCUACAUGAAUAUAAUACCCAGUUCCAAGAAAAAAGCAGAGAAUAUGACAGACUCUAUGAAGACUACACAAGAACAUCUCAGGAAAUUCAAAUGAAAAGAACAGCCAUUGAGGCAUUUAAUGAAACAAUAAAAAUAUUUGAAGAGCAGUGCCAAACACAGGAAAGAUACAGUAAGGAAUACAUUGAAAAAUUUAAACGGGAAGGAAAUGAAAAAGAAAUACAAAGGAUCAUGCACAACUAUGAAAAACUGAAGUCUCGGAUAAGUGAAAUUGUGGACAGCAGGCGUAGAUUAGAAGAAGACUUAAAAAAGCAAGCAGCUGAAUAUAGAGAGAUAGACAAGCGUAUGAACAGCAUUAAGCCAGACCUCAUACAGCUGAGGAAGACAAGAGAUCAGUACUUGAUGUGGCUGACUCAAAAAGGCGUUCGGCAAAAGAAGCUAAAUGAAUGGCUUGGAAAUGAAAAUGCAGAAGACCAAUACUCUAUGGUAGAAGAUGAUGAGGACUUGCCCCAUCAUGACGAGAGAACGUGGAAUGUGGGAAAUAUCAAUAGAAGCCAAGCUGAAAAUCUGCUGCGGGGAAAACGAGAUGGAACAUUCCUUGUUCGAGAGAGCAGCAAACAAGGCUGCUAUGCCUGCUCUGUUGUGGUGGAUGGCGAAGUAAAGCACUGUGUGAUAAACAAAACACCUACUGGGUAUGGAUUUGCAGAGCCAUAUAACUUGUACAACUCGCUCAAAGAACUGGUGCUACAUUACCAACACACGUCACUUGUGCAGCACAAUGACUCUCUCAAUGUCACGCUAGCCUACCCAGUAUAUGCACAGCAGAGGCGAUGAAGAUCCUGAUACUCUGGGUUGUUUGUUGGUUUUUUUAAAGAAAUUAUUUGGCAACGUUGAGGCCUCUGGAGAGAAAAGGCUCCUUUCAGCUUUACUCAAGAAUUUGUAGUAUCAAAGCUAUUUGUCUUCAGAUGGAACUAAAGAUUUCCUUCACAACUGCAGUGGGAGAGAUCACAGUGUUAUGCUGUGAAUGUAUGUUUGUAAUCUAAAGUGCUUUUUUUUUUUUUUUUUGUAAUU